AUGGAUCUUGACUGGUGUCUUACUUGUUCUCAACGAACUUCGUUAUUAUUAACUCCACCUUCAUCACGUCCACCGAUGAUCCAUGUAGAUAUAUUACCCAAUAGAAUAAAUUUUCCAACGCAUUUGGAUGUCCAGGUUAUACUGGCUAAGCAUUCGCGUAGAUUGGAAAACAUAAGACAACUUGAGAUGGAUGAUGAUGAUCAUAAUAAUAAAAGAGCUACUAACACCAGUACAAGUUCUAAUGUUCUGCCACCUGGUGCAGUAAAUUCUCCUCAAGCAGUUGGUGUUGUUAAUUUCUUAAACGACAACGAGUGGAUUGGUCAAAUAUCACUCGGAACCCCACCACAACCGUUUUUAAUAAAUUUUGACACAGGAUCUGCCGAUUUAUGGAUACCUUCGUCAGAAUGUGGAGAUGAGUGUAAGUCCCAUCGAAGAUUCGAAGAAGAAAAAAGCUCAACCUUCACACCCAUUGGAAAGAAAUUUAAAAUAUCUUAUGGUGAUGGUUCUAGCUCUUCCGGUUUUAUAAAUAAGGAUAAUUUGAAGAUCGGAGCUAAGGUAAUAAAAAACCAAGUAUUUGCUUCCGUAGAGGAUGUAAGCGAAAUUCUGGCAAAUGAUGUAAUUGAUGGAAUUUUGGGCUUAGGUUACGAGGCACUUUCGAUGGUACGAGGAAUAGAUACACCAUUUACCAGUAUGGUAAAACAAAAACUAUUGCCACGAGGCAUUUUCUCUGUCCAAUUAAGACCAAAAAGAGCAAUAAAAGGGCCUUUGGGUGGUGUGUUUAUUUUUGGGGGUGUAGAUCCAAAACUGUUCUUCAACCCGAUAACUUUCACUCGUGUGACAAGAAAAUUAUUUUGGCAAAUUGCCAUCAAUGGAAUUAUGGCUGACGGAGUGAUUGUUGGUGGUAAAUCACAACAAUGCAUUGUUGAUACAGGAACAACAUUAUUGGUGAUUGGUAACAAGGAAGCCAAAGCGAUCCACAAUCGCGUUGGUGGUAGAUUUGACAAGCGUACCAAGACGUGGCAGGUACCGUGUGAUCUUGCAACCUCAAAAAAGAAAAGGCCACUUAAAAUUGUCAUAGUGAUCAAUAAGACUCCUUUUUCAAUUGAUCGAGAAUUUACUGCACCAGGUGGCAGAACAUUAGCACUUGUUCCGGUGUUUGUAGCUCUUUUAUUAUUAUUAUCAUCAUCAUCCCUCUCAAGUUGUCUUAUGUUUUCCAAUCUACGCGAAUGCUUAGCCAGUAUAACCUGGACAUCCAAAUGCGUUGGAAAAUUUAUUCUAUUGGGUAAUAUAUCUACAUGGAUCAUCGGUGGACGUGAUGAAGGUGGAGUUAAUAAUAACUGUAAUCGUAUGAACGAUGGUGAAAGGUUCAGGGACAGUUCUCCAACUGAAAAAGGACUCAAAAUCGACGCACAAACAGUUUUGGACUAUAUUAAAAAUCACGAAAUUUAUAAAAAUUCCAAGGUCAUAGUGUUUGGUCAAUCAUUGGGAGGUGCUGUAUCAAUCGAUUUGGUUGAUGGUUUAAUAGUUGAAAAUACUUUUCUCAGUAUCCCAAAGUUAUUACCGCACGUAAUGCCACCAUUAAGGCAUUUUUCAAUAUUUUGUACUCAAAAAUGGGAAUCUGAAAAAUCUAUAUUAAAUAUAAAACGCAUUCCAAUACUGUUCUUGUCCGGUGAAUUGGAUGAAUUAAUCCCAAAGGAUCAUGUAUUUUUAUCAAGACCCAACAAUAAUAAUGGCAAUAAUAUUAAUGUUCAAAAUAAUGGCACUAAUGUUCAAGAUAAUACUAAUGUCAUGGAAACUACACCACUACCAACUGUAACAGAACUUGAUAACACAAUAUUGAAUAUUCAACAAAAUAUGUAG